AGUCUGAUACGGGCUUUAAGUCGACCGAAGGUUUGGUCAAAGCCACCCUCGAUAGCGAGAACGCGCAUCCUUCGAGACUAGCGAAACUUCUAUUACGUUCGCAGAGAAACUCUCGAAACGUUCUCGUCUCCAAAUCGUUGGCGUUGUUCACGGAUAUCUCCCCAAGAGACGCCUCCCCCCCCCAUCUAGCCUUUGAUCACGCUCGCGGACCAAUCGCGUUGCGUUUCUGUAAUUACGCACGCGGGCGCUCCGUCUCUCUCUCUCACACAUCUCGGGAGCGAGGGAGAACGAGCGAGUAUCCGGACGCACUCUCGAGAGGGGCGACGACGACGCUCUCACGGGCUCUCUGUCUCGCGUCCAUUUUCCGAACACACGGAGCUCGGCGGGGAAACGAGUGCGACGAAUACAAAUAAUGGAGUGCGCGUCUUUCGGCUGAUCUCGGCUGUUGUGUGAGAGAGCUCUCGCGGCGUCGCGAGUCGCGCGCUUCCCGCCCGACGGAAAUGUGCCUUACGCGCCUCUGACGGUCUCGUAUGUCCGAGCCGCGAGACGUCGGUUUGUUGUCGCCCGGGGCUGGACGGCCCGCGUAGGGUCCUCCCCCCCGCGAGUGCCCGUUAGCACGGCGAGAGGCAUCGACGAGAGACGCUGUCCCGCGACGUUGCGCGAAAUGUCGGUUGCCGCUGCGACGAGACUGUGACGCCCGGUGUCGUGAGUACAGCUGUGACACGAGUGUCACGUCAGGUUGAGGUUAUACCCUUCUCCCUCCCCCUCCCCCCCUCCCGCCGCCCCUCUGCGGGCGUCCCGAAUGUGAAUCUUGUCUCUUUAUCCCGCCUUCGGACGUUUAAGCCGAGCGUAAAAGCCCAUCGCCACCGCCGACCUCUGUCCCCGCGUCGGAGGGAUCGCGCAUACAACGCAGGACUACCUGGGGAGAGAGAGAGAGAGCGAGCGAGCGGGGCUUGUCGUGGUGCAAUCGUGGUGAUACAUCCCGGUGCUGCGUCCACGCGUUGAUGUGUGUAUAUACCGUUUGUGUGUUAUGUCCCCGUCUCGGUGAAUAGGGAUUGUAGAAUCAUGGCAGAUCGAGAUUAUGAUAUGGGCUCUGCGACGGAAAUGAUGGUAAAUGAUUUUGACGACGAACGAACGCUGGACGAGGAAGAGGCCCUAGAAGGUAGCGAGGAUUCGCACAACGAGUUGUCCAACCUGCAGAAGGAAGGUGAUAUGCCGCUCAAAGAUCUCCUCGCCAUGUACGGAUACGGUGAUCCCUCGACGGAGAACUCAAACAGUUCCGAUCACAUGCUGCUGCCGUCCGGGAGCGGCGAUGCCGAGGCGGAGGAGCGUUACUCGGACAAGGGUGACAACGACGCGGACGACGACGACGACGACGACGAGGCGGACGCGACCAGCAACGAGCCGGACCUCAAGCAGUUCUACACGGAGAUGCUGGUGAAGGGCAAGGACAAGACGUCGUCGUUGUCGGGAUCGACCGCCAAGGGCAAUAGCGGCAUCGCCGCGCCCGGCAGGGACAGCAGGAAACGCAGGCUCGACGACGACGAGGACGACGACGAGGACGCCGAGACCGAGGAAUGCUCGGGCGCGCGAGGCGUAAGCGGCAAGAAAACUAGAGCGUCACCCACGACGGGAAGUGCUAAUGCUGUUGCGUGCGACGGUAUAGUUAAUUUAGGGGGAGCCGGUGCUACAGACAGCGCUGUCGAGGAAGGUAGCGCCAGCGGUGCGAUCGAUGGCCCGGAAGAUAGGAUAGUCAGUGCGGGAAUAGGCAGUGGCAGUUCGAGGUUGUUGCGGAGUGUUUCGAGGCCGCAGAGCGAGGAAGAGGAGGACGACUGCGACUACAGCCCCGACGAGGAGGAGUGGAAGAAGACAAUCAUGGUCGGCACCGAUUAUCAGGCGGCGAUACCGGAAGGCUUGUGUCGCUACGACGAUGCGCUGCCCUACGAAAACGAGGACAAAAUGUUGUGGGACCCCAGCCAUAUAUCCGAGGAGGAUACGGAAGAGUUUCUAGAGCGCGCGCAACUCCCAGCGGUCAAGGGCGGUUCGUUGCCGGCCGGCUCGCAUAUCAGAGACGACGAGCAGGCUCUCUAUCUUCUGCUGCAGUGCGGUUACAAUCUCGAGGAGGCAUUACGAAGGCGUCGAAUGAACGUACUUCCUCCCACGGACGCAGUGAGCCUUUGGUCAGAGGAGGAGUGUCACAAUUUUGAAUCUGGAUUGCGCAAUUACGGCAAGGAUUUUCAUCUUAUACAGAAAAAUAAGGUGAGAACGAGAUCGGUCGGAGAGUUAGUACAAUUUUAUUACCUGUGGAAGAAAACGGAGCGGCAUGACAUAUUUACGUACAAAGCACGAUUAGAGAAGAAAAAAUAUGCUCUGCACCCCGGUAUCACCAGGGACUAUAUGGACCGAUUUCUCGAGGAGCAAGAGGGAGUGCGAGAUCGCAGCAGUUCGCCGAACGUUCAUUGUUUGUUGUAUGGCGAUGCCAAGCGGCAGAGAUCGAGCACCAGCGUGACCAACAAUGACGAGUCCAAAUCGACGGAUGCUUGGGACGGUAACGCGGUUGAUCCACUGGCCGAUGCUAACGGGCCGACGCCACCGCCGCCGCCACCGCCUCCGCCACCACCGCCCUUGGUAACGUCGGCCGCGACUACCGUGUCCUCGUCGAUAUGCAAUUCCAGCGCUUUGACCACACCGACGUAUUGUUCGCCGUCGACUCGCCAUCCGGACUGUUCCUCGUCCGAAUCGGGUUGCGCGAACCCCCUAGCGUGGAGUGGUAUAGUGUCCCGAAGUCAACCUACCUCUUCAGUCAUCACAACGAUAACUAUAAAUACCACCACCGCUACGACGUCUACAGCAAUGGUCACAGCUCUCGGCUCGACGAAUACAGUUACCACUAGUUCCACCGCGUCUGCUGCUACCGUCGCCGCCACUGCUGUCUCAAACAACUACUACCAUCAACGAGUAACAUCAUCCAGAAACAAUGAUUCUCACGACACGCCCUCGCCCGAGAACAUUUUACCUCAUCUACCCCCUUAGCGUCUAACCCGACCUUCAGGUGUUCAUCCUGAAAGGCGACGGAUGUCCUUGCGCGGUGUGCCUAACUCGGCACUCGCACCAUCGCUAUUGUCGUAACGCAUAAUAUUCGUUAAUAUCAAGGAUUAUAUUUUUAUACUGUAUCGCGCGUAUAAUAUAAUUAUUAAUCGUCCUUCGCGCGAGUGCGCGAUGUUGUAUAGUGAUGCGGAAAACGGAAGGACACGCUUUUACGUGAAAGAUUAGAGCAUAUAUUCUAUGUAAGAUUAAAGAUACAAAUUGAAAAUAAACGCGGCAAAAACGAG